AUCCCAGCCUUCACUACCUGUUUGUCCUACUCUCUGCCACCAUGCUGGCCUCAGGGCUGCUGCUGGUGGCUUUGCUGGCCUGCCUGAGUGUAAUGGUGUUGAUGUCUGUCUGGAGACAGAGGAAGCUCGGGGGGAAGCUGCCUCCCGGACCCACUCCACUGCCCUUCAUCGGGAACUACCUGCAGCUGGACACGGAGCAGAUGUACAACUGCCUCAUGAAGCUGAGCAAGCGCUAUGGCCCCGUGUUCACGGUCCACCUGGGGACUCGCCGGGUCGUGGUGCUGUGUGGCUACGAUGCAGUGAAGGAGGCCCUGGUGGAUCAGGCUGAGGAGUUCAGCGGGCGAGGGGAGAAUGCCACCUUUGACUGGCUCUUCAAAGGCUACGGCGUAGUGUUCAGCAAUGGGGAGCGCGCCAAGCAGCUGAGGCGCUUCUCCAUCACCACCCUGCGGGACUUUGGAGUGGGCAAGCGCGGGAUUGAGGAGCGCAUCCAGGAGGAGGCGGGCUUCCUCAUCCAGGCAUUCCGGGACACUUGUGGCGCCUUCAUAGAUCCUACUUUCUACCUGAGCCGAACAGUCUCCAAUGUCAUUAGCUCCAUUGUCUUUGGUGACCGCUUUGACUAUGAGGACAAAGAGUUCCUGUCACUGUUGCGCAUGAUGCUGGGAAGCUUCCAGUUCACAGCUACCUCCACCGGGCAGCUCUAUGAGAUGUUCUACUCGGUGAUGAAGCACCUGCCAGGACCUCAGCAACAGGCCUUUAAGGAGCUGCAGGGCCUUGAGGACUUCGUGGCCAGGAAGGUGGAGCAGAACCAGCGCACUCUGGACCCCAACUCCCCGCGGGACUUCAUCGACUCCUUUCUCAUCCGCAUGAAGGAGGAGAAAAAUAACCCCAACACAGAGUUCUUCAUGAAGAACCUGGUGAUGACCACGCUGAACCUCUUCUUUGCUGGCACCGAGACCGUGAGCACGACCCUGCGCUAUGGCUUCCUGAUGCUCAUGAAGCACCCAGAGGUGGAGGCCAAACUCCAUGAGGAGAUUGACCGGGUGAUUGGCAGGAACCGGCAGCCCAAGUUUGAGGACCGCGCCAAGAUGCCCUACACAGAGGCCGUGAUCCACGAGAUCCAAAGAUUUGGAGACAUGAUUCCCAUGGGCGUGUCUCGCAGGGUCAUCAAGGACACCAAAUUUCGGGACUUUUUCCUCCCCAAGGGCACAGAAGUAUUCCCUAUGCUAGGCUCUGUGCUGAGAGACACCAAGUUCUUCUCCAACCCUGAAGAUUUCAACCCCCAGCGCUUCCUGGAUGACAAGGGGCAGUUUAAGAAGAGUGAUGCAUUUGUGCCUUUUUCCAUUGGAAAGCGGUACUGUUUUGGAGAAGGCCUGGCUAGAAUGGAGCUCUUUCUCUUCCUCACCACCAUCUUGCAGAACUUCUGCCUCAAGUCCCCACAGGCGCCCCAGUACAUAGACGUGUCUCCUAAACACGUGGGUUUUGCCACCAUCCCGAAGACCUACACCAUGAGCUUCCUGGCCCGCUGAGCUGGGGCCCAGCCAAGGGGGAGGCAGGGUUAAGGGGAAGGGAGAGUGGAAGUAAGAGGCAAGUUGGAUAGAAGAGGGAGAAGAGUCAGAACAGACCAACAGACUGCCUUUGCCGGACAUUGGGCCCUGAGAGCAGGGAAACCUUACACUAUGCGGUGGUGGUAGUCGCAGUCGUAAUAGUAAUAGUAAUAGUAAUAAUAAUAAUAAUAACAGCUAUUAUUUCGAGCAAGCAUUCUUUGUCAGCUCUGUGCUAAAAGCAUCUAACGAUCUCCCAGCUUAAUACUCAAAAGCCCACGUGAAAGGGAACAGUGUUCAUGCCCAUUUUUAAGGUGACACGGCUGAGGCUUAGUAAGUUUAAGUCACUAUGUGAACACAGAACACAGAACAGAAGUGCCUAGCAAAUGCUUGAACAUCUGUGCCCAGACUUUGGACGAGAUUUUAAAAUAUCAUCACUUCCCUGAAUAAAACAACAUAUUUAUCUACA